UCUGCCUUCCUUUUUUCAUCUUCUCUUUCCUCUCUGCAAAAUGCCCCAUUUCUAGGGCUUGGUUGUUUACAGUUUCUAUGCAAGCUUACGCGCAAUCAUCUUCAGUUUCUAUGUUCCGCUACUGCUAUUGCAAGCUAUCCAAGCCCUCUUGUCGCUGUUUCUUUUGUUGUUACUGUUGCUUCCAACCUUAAUCCCUAGAGAAUUCACCUUAUUUGUUCUGCUAUGGAGUCCGACCUAUCUCUAGGAUUUGCAUCAAGUACGAUGAACUCCCACCGUGCUCAAAUCGCCGACGAUUCCAUCUCUCUCCAGCUCGAUUCCAGCUUCCGCGACCCUUCUGUUCCAGUCUCAUCUGUUCCUCUUCAAUUGCUGGAGCCCUUUGUGGAGAAUCAUCAUCAACACCGUAGUAAUGAAAACGGCCGUAUAGAUGGGCAAAACCACAAUGACGGUAAAACUGAAGAAGAAGAAGAAGAAGAAGAUGAGAAGGAAGUUCGAAUCUUAGGUUACUCAAUGUGCUUUAAGCGGCGAAGAGACAGCGAAUCAUCAUCAAAUUCGUCAAAAAGAGCAGCAACAUCCGGUGAAUUGGACCUUGAAGAGCGGAAAAAGUUGGUGAAGUCAUGGGGUAACCAAUCAAUUUGCAUGUCGGAUCCUGAGAUAUUUGAUAUGAUGGAGAAGGAAAGAGAGAGGCAAUAUAAGGGUAUUGAAUUGAUAGCUUCAGAGAAUUUUGUUUGUCGAGCAGUAAUGGAAGCUCUGGGAAGUCAUUUAACGAACAAGUACUCAGAAGGAAUGCCUGGGUCGCGAUACUUCUGUGGGAAUCAGUACAUUGAUGAAAUAGAGACCCUCUGUUGGAAGCGAGCCUUGGAUGCUUUUGGCUUGGAUUCGGAGAACUGGGGAGUCAACGUGCAGCCAUAUUCGUGCACCUCUGCGAAUUUUGCAGUUUAUACAGGCUUGUUGUUGCCUGGAGAUAGGAUAAUGGGGUUGGAUAAUCCGUCAGGAGGGAAUACCAGCCAUGGUUAUUAUAUGUCCAGUGGGAGGAAAGUGUCGUGUGCCUCCAUUUUCUUUGAGAGUUUGCCUUACAAGGUGAAUCCGCAAACUGGGUAUAUUGAUUUUGAUAAGCUGGAGGAGAGGGCACUUGAUUUUAGGCCAAAAAUACUUAUUUGUGGCGGGAGCUCGUAUCCAAGAGAGUGGGAUUAUGCUAGGUUUAGGCAGAUUGCAGAUAGGUGUGGUGCUGUACUUCUGUGUGAUAUGGCUCAGAUUAGUGGUCUUGUUGCUGCUAAGGAAUGUGUAAAUCCUUUUGAUUACUGUGACAUUGUUACCUCAACAACACAUAAAAGUCUUCGAGGUCCUAGGGGAGGUAUAAUCUUUUAUAGGAAGGGUGUGAAGCCAAGGAAAAGAGGAAUGCUUUUAGGUCAAGGAGAUGAUAGUGAUCAGUAUGACUUUGAGGAAAAGAUAAACUUUGCUGUCCAUCCAUCCCUGCAAGGCGGACCACAUAAUAACCAUAUUGCUGCUCUUGCUAUAGCCCUAAAACAAGUAGCUACUCCUGAGUACAAGGUGUACAUGCAACAGGUGAAGAAGAAUGCACAGGCUUUAGCAUGCGCUUUGUUGAGAAGAAAAUGCAGGCUAGUAACUGGAGGCACAGACAACCACUUGUUACUUUGGGAUUUAAGGCCUUUGGGACUAACAGGGAAAACUUAUGAGAAGGUCUGUGAGUUGUGCCUCAUCAGUGUAAAUAAAAUUGCUAUUUUUGGUGACAAUGGCACUAUUACUCCUGGAGGAGUGAGGAUUGGUACUCCUGCUAUGACAUCAAGAGGUUGCCUAGAAUCUGAUUUCGAGACAAUUGCUGAUUUUCUCCUAAGAGCUGCACAGAUUGCUAGUAUGAUGCAGCGUGAGCGUGGAAAGGCUUCCCUAAAGUGUCUGCAGAGCAAUAAGGAUAUUUUAGAGCUCCGGAAUCGGGUUGAAACUUUUGCAACUCAGUUUGCAAUGCCAGGUUUUGACCUGUGAAUGGGAUUUAAGCUUGCAAUUUUCUAAUUCAUACUUUGCUGCAUCCCUGGCCUCUUCUGCUUUUUGCGACCAUGUCAAAUGUAAAUAAGUUAGAUGCCUUUACGCACUGGUCUUUCCAAUAACCUGACAUAGAAAUUUUGCUCAGUUCAUGAAUGAGGGAAGGAUCUUUCUGGUAUUAAACCUUUCUAAUCUUUCAGUGGCGCAUUGUGGAUUUUUGGUCAAAUGGUGGAUGAAGGUUUUAUUUGGAUAGAUUGGGAAAGAGAACUUUGAACUUGGUAUCCUCUAUUCCAGGAGAGUUGUAGCCACCUUCUAAAAGAUGGGUGACAAGUCGAAGAUUCAUUGAUUCUCAUUACAGCCUUAUAUUUUGAGAACCUAUAUAGAAUAUAUAUAAAAAUGUUCUUGGUAUAUUGGAAAUAAAGCCCAAUUAUUUUUUCAUCCUGGUUAAAGUGAACAUAAUGUAAUGUCGAUAAUCCUUUGAUCUGUCUUUUGCAUUGUGAAUUUACAGAGAUUCUGUUUGAAUUUUA